AUGACGACGGAGAGCUCCAAGCAACUUUUGGAUCCAUCUAAUCCUCUGAGCUCCAGCCCAGCGCUGCUGAGCGCACAGCCAAUGAUGGAGAGCGCACAGGCUGCAUCCACCAAAUGGAAAAAGGGAAACUCUGGCUUGAGACGCCCUGAAAAGCCGCCAUACUCAUACAUCGCCCUCAUUGUGAUGGCAAUCCAAAGUUCCCCGAGCAAAAGACUAACUCUGAGCGAGAUCUAUCAGUUCCUUCAGGCCCGCUUCCCUUUCUUCAGAGGAUCAUAUCAGGGCUGGAAAAACUCCGUCAGGCACAAUCUCUCCCUGAACGAGUGCUUUAUCAAGCUGCCUAAGGGGCUCGGUAGACCCGGGAAAGGCCACUACUGGACCAUAGACCCUGGCAGUGAGUUUAUGUUUGAGGAGGGCUCUUUUCGCCGCAGACCACGCGGCUUCAGGAGGAAAUGUCAGGCUUUGAAACCCAUGUACAGGAUGAUGAACGGGAUCGGCUUCGGUGCGUCAAUGCUGCCGCAGAACUUUGAUUUCCAGUCUCCUUCAGGCUCUUUAGCAUGUCACAACAGCUACAACUUAGACCUCAUGGGUAAUACAGUGUCAGGGGGCUUUGAGGGACUAGGGGGAGGGCAUCACGUCCCACAUAUGUCAUCAGCCUCCGGGUCAUCGUACAUGUCGGCGUGUCAGGGGAGCUCCAAUGCGGACUACUGCGCGGAGAGCAGCAGCAGCCCUCUGCAGACCCCUCCUGCCAUGGUGGGCACUUUAGACUGUCAGUCUGCUUAUGCUAAUGCAGCCUCACACUGGAGCUCACCUGGGGUGUCUUCAUACAUCAAACAGCAGACUUUGACGUCCAGCAGCAACACUUCUUCUUCUCUGCACGCGGGGAUGUCUCCAUACUCUCUGGAGCAAGGCUACCUGCACCAUAACGCACGAGACUCCUCUGACAUUCCAGUGGGUCUGUCCCGGUAUUCCGCUCACUCCACUCCCGUGUGUGACCGGAAAGACUUCGUCUUAAACCUAAACGGAAUAUCUUCUCUCCAUCAUCACUCCAGCAGCAGCGGAGGAUCUUAUUAUCACCAUCAGCUCCAUCACCAUCACCAGAGCGUCUAUCAGGACGUCAAACCGUGCGUCAUCUGACCAAAACAAAUACAACUGCCUUGACUUGUUUGCGACAUUCAGACUACAAGUGGAGAUUUUUUUUCCCCACCAGUAUCCGGCUCUGAUGAACAAAUUUCCAACCACAUCAGUCCCGUUAAUCUGGAGAUGGAGUUUGUUUGUUUUUUAACCAAAGAAUGAUAAACUGUGAGAAAGCGUUUGCUUCUUUAAAUGGAUGCGUUUUCAUGCAAGGACAAUCAGCAAGAUUUUUUUUUCUAA